AUGGAUAAGUGUCAAAAGCAGCAAUUCUCGUCAGCAGCAAAGGAGUUCUCAUGCAUCCACAGCCUGUCGUUCACAUUAUGUCGUCUGAAGUUCACCGAAGAACAAUUAUUGUCGUUACUCACACGAACCUCCUGUAAUGCGCUCACACUCGAUUUCUGCCAUUUUGAACACGACAUAAUCAGUGAUAAGGUGAUUGCUGCCAUUCCGCAACUGCGUACCCUUCGCGUUCAACCGAGAUCAAGUGUGUUUCUUCGCCAGCUAACGAACGUCACUGCACGAAAUUGGGCGUCUUCACCACCGACGACCAUAGCGCUCUACAACUGCGCCACGAAUAUCGCUCUGCAUGGGAUUUGCGAUCUCAUCAAA